GUUGGCAGGAGUGACCAGAAUAAAAACAGCAACACCAGACAUAGGGGAGGGAAAAAAGCGAAGUGAUCCAUUGAACCAAAAGUCUUUGCCCUCUCUUAAUUACGUAGUGGCCCAUAUCUUUUCUCUUUUUUUUCCACUUAAAAAAAAAAAAAAAAAAUCUUUCUUCUGUACUUGAAGACCUCUGGUUAUUGGUAAUUAGCAUGAGGAGAAUAAAACCAGCCGAUUGUGAGAGGGGUGGUGCAUUGUGGAGCGAGAUGGCUAACAGAAUGGUUCUAUCACUCCUUCAUGGUCUCUUCUACCUAUCUCUGAUUCAGCCCUCUCUUCAAGGAGGUGUGUAUGUGCCGGCUGGUGCUGGAGUCAGACCAGGAGCAGGAGGAUCUGGACCAGGUGCUGGUCUCUACCCAGGAGCUGGUGGGAUACCUGCAGGAGCAGGCUACAAACCAGCUAAAACAGGUGCUGGAGGAUAUGGAGGACGGGGUGGUGUUGGUGCUGGAGGUCUGGUCCCUGGUGGCGGGGCUGGAGGCAUAGGAGCAGGAGGCCUAGGAGGAGGAGGAGUCGGUGGAAAGGGCCCCAAACCUGGUUAUGGAAACCUUGGUGCUGGUGGUGUUGGGGGUGGUGGUCUUGGUGGUGGAGGAUAUGGAGCUGGUCCUGGAGCCACCGGUCUAGGAACAGGAAGCUUUGGAGGAGGAGGAGGAUACGCUAAUCCUGGAGCUGGUUAUGGAGGAGGCUCGCCGUAUGGCGGCUCGACUUAUGGAGGAGGUGGUGCUGGGAGCUUCUUCCCUGGAGGUGGUCUGGGACAGAAGGCAGGACCCAAACCAGGCUAUGGGGCAGGAGCUGGACUACAACCAGGCUAUGGUGCAGGUGGACUACAGCCAGGCUAUGGCGGUGGUGGAUUACAGCCAGGUUUAGGGGGACCUGGAGGCGCAGGAACAGGAGCUGCAGUGCCUGCAGGAGCACCUGUUAUUCCUCAGACUGGACUACCUGGAGGUGGGCUGGGACCUGGUGCCGGAAAAGGAAAGGCUCCAAAAGGAGGAGUGCCAGGUGUGGGGGUGCCUGGACUUUACCAAGGUGGCCAGGUGCCAGGACAAGGGUUUGGUGGUCGUGGAGUGCUGCCUGGUGUGGCCACUGGGAAUGGACUCAAUCCCAAAUCAUUGCCAGGUGGAGGACAACAGGGACCAGGAGGCUCAGGUCGUGUUGGUUACGGAGGACCAAUGCAGCCAGGAGUAUUCCAUGGAUACCCACUCAAAACACCCAAAACACAAGGUGGCUAUGGAGCGAAAGCUGGAGGAGCUGGAGGCAAACUUCCAUUUGGAUACGGGGGCUUUGGUGGUGGUGGUGGAGCAGGCCUUCCUGGGGGAAAAGGAGGUCCUGGAUCCAAGCCUGGAUACCCCAUUGGAACUGGUGUGGGGACAGGAGGUCUUAACCCGGCCCAGGCUCAAGCUAAAGCUGCUAAAUAUGGUGCUGGUUUGGGUGGUGUGCCUGGUGCAGGUGGAGCCUACCCUGGAGCGGGAGGAGCUUACCCUGGAGGAUAUAAUCCUGCUGCAGCCAAAGCUGCUAAAUAUGGAGUCCCAGGAGGUGCAGGGGGCGUCCCAGGUCUUGGAUCAGUAGCAGGAGGAGCAGGAGGAGUACCUGGAGGGGUACCCGGAGGAACUGGAGGAUAUAACCCUGCUGCGGCCAAAGCUGCUAAAUAUGGAGUUCCAGGGGGUGCAGGAGCAGGCCUAGGAGCUGGAGGACUUGGAGGGGUACUAGGAGCUGGAGGACUUGGAGGAGUACCAGGAGGGGGAGGUGUACCUGGGGCUGGAGGAUAUAAUCCCGCAGCGGCCAAAGCAGCUAAAUAUGGACUCCCUGGAGGAGGUGCAGGCGGUCUUCCAGGUGCUGGAUCAGUUGCAGGAGGAGUAGGAGGAGUACCAGGAGCUGGGGCUGGAGGAUAUAAUCCUGCUGCGGCCAAAGCCGCUAAAUAUGGAGUUCCAGGAGGAGCAGGCGCAGGGUUAGGGGGAGCUGGAGGCUAUGGAGCGGGAGCCAGGCCUCCCUAUUAUGGUGUUCCAGGGAGUGCUGGAUUUGGGGGAGCAGGGACUUUUCCAGGGGCUGGAGGAUACAACCCUGCCACCAAAGCUGCUAAAUAUGGAAUACCAGGAGGUGCAGGAGCAGGCCUAGGAGCUGGAGGACUUGGAGGAGCAGGAGGAGGGGUACCAGGGGCUGGGGGUGGAGGAUACAAUCCUGCUGCCGCUGCCAAAGCUGCUAAGUACGGGGUCCCAGGAGGUGCAGGGGCAGGCCUAGGAGCUGGAGGUCUUGGAGGAACAGGAGGGGUACCAGCAGGAGGAGCUGGGGCUGGAGGGUAUAAUCCUGCUGCUGCCAAAGCUGCUAAAUAUGGAGUUCCAGGAGGUGCAGGAGCAGGUCUAGGAGCUGGAGGACUUGGAGGAGGGGGGGGUGUACCUUGGGCUGGAGGAUAUAAUCCCGCUGCAGCCAAAGCUGCUAAAUAUGGAGUUCAAGGAGGUGUAGGAACAGGCCUGGGAGCAGGAGGACUUGGAGGAGCAGGAGGAAUACAGGGAGUACCUGGAGGAGGAGCAGGGGUUGUCCCUGGGGCUGGAGGAUAUAAUCCUGCUGCAGCCAAAGCUGCUAAAUAUGGGGUCCCAGGAGGUGCAGGGGCAGGCCUAGGAGCUGGAGGUCUUGGAGGAACAGGAGGGGUACCAGCAGGAGGAGCUGGGGCUGGAGGGUAUAAUCCUGCUGCUGCCAAAGCUGCUAAAUAUGGAGUCCCCGGAGGUGCAGGAGCAGGAGGAGUACCUGGAGGAGGAGCAGGGGGUGUACCUGGGGCUUUAGGAUAUAAUCCCGCUGCAGCCAAAGCUGCUAAAUAUGGAGUUCCAGGAGGUGCAGGAGCAGGUCUAGGAGCUGGAGGACUUGGAGGAGGGGGGGGUGUACCUUGGGCUGGAGGAUAUAAUCCCGCUGCAGCCAAAGCUGCUAAAUAUGGAGUUCAAGGAGGUGUAGGAACAGGCCUGGGAGCAGGAGGACUUGGAGGAGCAGGAGGAAUACAGGGAGUACCUGGAGGAGGAGCAGGGGUUGUCCCUGUGGCUGGAGGAUAUAAUCCUGCUGCAGCCAAAGCUGCUAAAUAUGGUCAGGGGGCUGCUGGUGGGCCAGGGGGUGGAUAUGGAGGUGUGCCUGCUGGAGGAUAUCCCAGGCCUGGGAGCUAUGGGGGAUAUGGAGGGGCAGCAGGAGGGGCAGGAGCAGGAGGAUAUAAUCCUGCUGCGGCCAAAGCUGCUAAAUAUGGAGCUGGAGUAGCCGGCCUAGGAGCUGGAGUAGCCGGCCUAGGAGGAGCAGGAGGAGGGCCAGGGACUGGGGCUGGACCAGGAUAUGGAGGCUAUGGAGGAUAUGGAGGAGUACCAGCAGGAGGGGCUGCCGCUGCUGCCAAAGCUGCUAAAUAUGGACAUAAUCCUGCUGCGGCCAAAGCUGCUAAAUAUGGAGUUCCAGGAGGUGCAGGAGCAGGCCUAGGAGCUGGAGGACUUGGAGGAGCAGGAGGAGGGGUACCAGGGGCUGGAGGACUUGGAGGAGCAGGAGGAGGGGUACCAGGGGCUGGAGGAUAUAACCCUGCUGCGGCCAAAGCUGCUAAAUAUGGAGUCCCCGGAGGUGCAGGAGCAGGAAUAGGAGCUGGAGGAGCAGGAGGAUUACCAGGAGGAGGAGGAGGGGGUGUAACUGGGGCUGGUGGAUAUAAUCCCGCUGCAGCCAAAGCUGCUAAAUAUGGAGUCUCAGGAGGUGUAGGAACAGGCUUGGGAGCAGGAGGAGUACAGGGUGGAGUACAGGGUGGAGUAGGAGCUGGAGGAUAUGAUCCCGCGGCCAAAGCUGCUAAAUAUGGUAAGCCAAACGGGGUGGGCAUCGGUGGAGAAGGUGUACCAGCGCCAGCAGUGACUCCAAGUCCAGGUGUGGGCGUGGGUGGUGGUGUUGGAGGAACUGCCAUUGAGCGCACUGACUUACCAGUGGGCACAGGGAUACCUAUCGCAGGCAAACCAGAUCCCACACCUAUUGGCACACAGGCCACAGAGGCCCCAGAGCCAGAGCCCAGUGCCACAGGAUUACCAGGAGUUGGUGCUGGGGUUCUUCAACCUAGUGCUGGUAGAGGGCCAGCUCAGCCUGGUGUGGGUGUCGGAGCAGGUGGCAAAGCUCCUAAACCGCCUGGUGCAGGGGGAUACCCGUAUGGUGGUUAUGGACAGGCAGGACGACUCCCGUAUGGUCAUGGACAGGGUGCAGGUGGAUAUCCCUAUGGAGGAGGCUAUGGAACUCCAUACAGAGCAGGAACUGGACAACUUCCUGGAGCCAAGCCCCUGAAACCUCCAGUUGUGGGAGGAGCAGGCGGUGUGGCUGGAGGAGCAGGUAUUCCUCUUACUGGAGCCGGUGGUGGUGUAGGGGGAUACCCGUAUGGUUAUGGUCAAGGUGGUUAUGGACAGGGACAGGGUGCGAGGUAUCCUGCUGGUGUUGGUCUGGGAACAGGGGCAGGAGCAGGUCAAAAAGCACCCAAACCCCCAGGUUAUGGUAACCUGGGUGCUGGUGGUGCUGGUUAUAAUCCAGGUGCUGGUGCGGUCCCAAAUUACGGAGGUGGCUACCCACAACAACGGGGCUACCCACAGCAAGGUGGAGGCUACCCACAGCAAGCCUACCCGGGAGCAUAUGGAGCAGGCCAGACGGCACCACUGACUCCUCAACAAGCCAAAGCAGCCAAGUAUGGCCCACUCCAGAGCUUCCUUGGAGGAGGAGGCUACAGACCAGGAGGAGUUGCUGCUGGAUGUCAAAGCAAAUACUGUGGAAGGCGGAAGUAGAGGAUGUUCUUGAGAAGAAGUUGAAUUUCAAGAAACAAUGGUGCUACUGCAUUAUCUAGAAUGUACAUUUUAUAUGCACAAAAUCCCCCAUUACAGUAUGUAAAGAUAUGUUGUACUUUAUUUGAUAUUUUUUAUACAAACCCACCGACCCAGACUUUUGCACACAUUUGAUGUGACUUGGUGUUAUUGAUUGUGCCUUUAUCGUUACAGUGGUCAUGGUGCUCAUCAUCUCUUACUGACAUGCCUGCGACGCUCCCCUUUUAGUAGCUAUACUCAGUAGUUGUGUGUGCGUGCAUGUGUGUGGGCAUGUUUGUGUGGAUGUUUGCCUAUGUGGCUGUGUGUACGUGUGCGCCUGCACGUGUUGCCAUAGAUGUGUGCGUGUUUGGGUAGAUAGGAGAAUGUGAAAGAUUCUCCAGCCAUAGAAGCACCAGUUCUGUGACAGUACAUCCGUCUACUGCAGUAUCCCCAAUUGCUUAGUGUCUGUGUGUACCAAAGUUGGAGAUCUUCACAUACUGACACGUCAAACUAAGGGUUGAGCUUCAAGCGGUAUGGUUGGUAAAGUGCUGAUAAACUUUGGCCAUGUAUCAGAACUGCCUCCUCUGGCUUUCUAUCAUCUCUGCUGCUAUUUAUAGCCCUGGGUGAAAUAGCAGUGGCAUAGCGGGUGUGUGUGGGCACAGGUUUCACAGUCCAUCUGCCAUCAGUAACUAUUUUAAGUAGCCUAUCUUCAGCCUUCUUACCUUGAUUUCCACCAAACUUGUGAAGUAUGAAGAGCAGGUUUUGCUCUGAAUGUGGGAAAGCUGAUGACAAUCAAUCCAAAGGUGUUCAAAAGAUUUUUAGGUGAUCUUUAGUGAUAUUCAUAUCAUACACAUUGUGUCGGUUUGUACCAAUCAUUUGAAAUGCGGUGUGUUUUGUUUCUUACGUGAUUUGUAUGUUUUUAGUUUUUAGAAAUGCAGGUUUUACAAAAAUGUAAAAGUAAAAUUCAAAUCCUUUCGAUACUGCUCUGGCAUGUAUUGUACAUUAUGUAUGUAUGUAUGACAUGAACAUUUUGUUUUCUUAAUUAUAUAUAAUUUUUCUGGUGUCCAAGAUUAAGUGCCUAGAAUGUUAUGCAUAUCUGGAAUCAUUCUAGUUUCAUAUGCAGUUAUAGUUUAAUUUAUGCAAAUUGCAUUAUUCAAGUUUCAAAUGUUUGUGGUCAGAAAAGUAGACUAUCUCCAGAUUUGUGUAAUCUAGAAUAAGGCAACUAACUGUAUGUUGUAGUAAUAGCCCUAGGUUAUCAUGACUCUCACUCUCUUCAGUUCUUGUAGCCUACUCCGUGAUGGUUUUUAUGAACUGUGUGAGCCGCACCUGUCAGGGGCCGCUGCCCUGUGCCGUGGGAUAGUAUUCAUCUGAUUUUCACAGCACAUUUGACUUGUGCCCAGCAAUACCGACCUUUUAUUUGCUUCAGUAAAAAAACGAAAUAAAAUUGUUUUAAUGAAUACA